AUGAUCGAUGCAUUGUGUGCUGAAGGUGAGGUGGCAGCUCUGAACAGACGUAUCCAGCUCGUGGAAGAGGAGUUGGAUCGUGCCCAGGAGCGGCUGGCCACAGCCUUGCAGAAACUGGAGGAGGCUGAGAAAGCAGCGGAUGAGAGUGAGAGAGGAAUGAAGGUGAUUGAGAACAGAGCAAUGAAAGAUGAAGAGAAAAUGGAAAUUCAGGAAAUGCAACUGAAGGAGGCUAAGCACAUUGCUGAAGAAGCUGACCGCAAAUAUGAAGAGGUUGCCCGUAAACUGGUGAUUUUGGAGGGUGAACUGGAAAGAGCUGAAGAGCGUGCAGAGGUGUCUGAAGUUAAAUGUAGUGACCUUGAAGAGGAACUAAAGAAUGUCACUAACAACCUGAAGUCUUUGGAAGCUCAAUCAGAAAAGUACUCGGAAAAAGAAGAUAAAUACGAAGAAGAAAUCAAGAUUCUCUCUGACAAGCUUAAAGAAGCUGAAACUCGUGCUGAAUUUGCGGAGAGAACAGUUGCCAAACUGGAAAAGUCUAUUGAUGACCUGGAAGAAAAACUUGCUCAAGCAAAAGAAGAGAACUGGGGGUCGCACCAGCCACGGGCCCAGACGCUAAACGAACUGAACUGUAUAUGA